AUGCCUAGCCUGAGGCAGUGCAGCACCUUAGCUGUUGCCAUCGACAGGCAGCUGCUCGGCCACCUCUCCGCAACGAAGAUGAAGAUCGCCAAGGCCCCGGUAGUCCUGAAGAAGGCGGUGACCAUGUGCAAGAGCAAGACCGGCGUCCUCGCCGCUAGGCUCCUCUUCCUCGCUUCGCUCCGGCGCAGGAUGGCCACCGUCGGCGUGGUCUCUCACAAGAUACACGCGCUCAUGGCGGCCGCGGACCGGGCGAAGGCGGGAGGGGACUGCCACAAGGCUGUCGUUUCGCACAAGGUCGACAAGACCCUUCCAUCGAUCCAUGGCGGUGAGAUCGUUGAUCUUAAGCAUCAAUUGGCAAUGUUUUGUCAAGAGGAAGAUGGUGGUGAUAUAUGCCCUGACUGGACGCUGCACCCCAUCUUCAAUGACGAUGACAAUUGCUGUUACACGGAAGACGACGAUGAAGAUGCUGGUGAUGUGCUACUCGAUGGGUGCGAUGGCCACCCCGACGAGCCCUCGGUGAUAGAUGUGAUCAAGAGCAACAUGGAAGUUCAGGGGUUGGAGUUCAACAUGGAAAAUGAGAUCGACCAAGCUGCCGAUAUGUUCAUCAGGAGGUUCCGGGAGCGGAUGAGCAAGAGCAUUUAG